GGAUGCACAGCAGCGGUGAUAUGUGUCGAAUCAACAUCGGCUAACUACUUCUUUCGGCUGUGAUUGACAAAAACGCUGCCAACACAUUGUUCAUCCAGCCCUCAGAGACCGUUUUUGACUCCGAAACCGUCGGUGCAAAUCUAAUCCAGACCGGGAUUUGGCAGACAUUACGUGGGGACAAUGGAGUCUAACGUUAUCCCGGACAGUAUCCGCCCUCAGCGGCUACAGCCAGGCAUUGGAUUCGGUUCAGGAGCGACCGGGACCCUCCGCUCCUCUCUCCGGCCGGGGGUGACGGUCCCCAUUGCGCCGCUCCUGCCCUCCCCGGCCUCUCUGUCCGCUUCGUCCGGGCCUCCUCCGCCGCCGCCCCCGCUGCAGCUCCACAGCCUGUACGGCGGUAUCGGAGCGGGGCUGGGGCCGGGGGCUGCCGGCCACUGUAACCCGGGGAACCCGGCGGUGCUGAAGGAGGCGGUGGAGGCUGUGGUCCGCAGCUUCGCCAAACACACACAAGGUUACGGCAGAGUAAACGUGGUGGAAGCUUUGCAGGAGUUUUGGCAGAUGAAGCUCACCAGAGGGGCCGACCUGAGAAACGGAGCUCUAGUUGUUUAUGAAAUGGUCCCAUCCAACAGCCCUCCAUAUGUCUGCUAUGUCAGCCUUCCUGGAGGAAGCUGCUUCGGAAGUUUCCAGUUCUGUCCCACCAAGGCAGAGGCGAGACGCAGCGCUGCCAAGAUUGCCCUGAUGAACUCUGUUUUCAACGAGCAUCCCUCUCGACGCAUCACAGACGACUUCAUUGAGAAGAGCGUCAGUGAGGCCCUGGCCUCGUUCAAUGGAAACAGAGAAGAGGCAGACAAUCCCAACACAGGAAUCGGGGCAUUUCGCUUCAUGCUCGAGUCCAACAAGGGAAAAUCCAUGCUGGAGUUUCAGGAGCUGAUGACUGUGUUCCAGCUGCUGCACUGGAACGGCAGUCUCAAAGCCAUGAGAGAACGACAGUGUUCCCGACAGGAAGUGCUGGCUCACUAUUCCCACCGGGCUCUGGACGAUGACAUGCGCACUCAGAUGGCCGCCGACUGGGUGAACCGAGAACAGAGCGUGGCGGGCACCAUCGCUCAAGAGGUGGCGUCGACGGAGCGAGAAUUGGAGGACGCCAGGCUCGCGGGCAGAGAACUGCGUUUUUACAAAGAGAAGAAAGACAUCCUGAUGUUAGCUGUGGGCCAACUCAACGCGGCCAACACUGCCACCCUGCCCUCGCACUAAAGCUGCCGUCCAUCAUGGAAACAUGCCUUCACACUCCGCAGGAUUCCUGGUAACAGUAUUGAUCACGUCAUAGAUAUGCAGGCGCUUCGUCUGACCUUUUAGGUUUCUUGUGUUUUGUUAUGAUGACCAGGUAAUCAGGCCUUGACUUACAGUAUGCACGUCCGUCCAUAGAACAAACACUCGCCGCUAUAGCCAUUACCUCUUUGUGCCUAGGGAUUACAGGACAACAGGCCUUUUUUAAAAUUACCUGUAAACUUUCUUGGCAUUCCAGCAGACUGGGGCUUACAUGUUUUUCGUUAUUAUUAUUAAACACAGCCUGCCUUUCAUCAGUGAAUGUACGGGACAUAAACCCCUUAAACCCAACACAUUUGAUCAUUCUGAAGUUUGUUUCUGUCAUGUUUUGGUGUUUUUAUUUGCUUAUACUAUUCUGAACUCCGGCAAGUGAAGGUGUUAAAAUAUAUGGGUCUUCUAACCUUUGGAACAAGUACCCUGUGCCUGUUAAUAAUUCAAAUAUCUUCACAAAAACAGUAAUAACUCUUCCAUAAUAGGCACAUAACCUUUUAUUUGGUUUACAGAAGUGGAUAAUAGUGUAAAUAUGUGGAAAUUGCAACCUCAAAUUCAAGUAAGAAUUGAAACAUACCUAUCGGCUCAUGUCAUAAUUUGGGGUACUUUGCUAAAAUGUCAGCAGGUGACUGAUUGCUCUGACAGCAGCUCAGGGUUUUUUUUUAAUCAGAUAGUUAACCAUCACUAUGUUUUAUUUUUUUUGUGAAGGCUUUCCACAGUUAUUUUAGUGUUCAUUUUAUGCUUGGUGACCGUGACACUAGCUGAAUGUAUAUUUUCAGUGAGCUAUCAACUAAAGGACCUGCGAAUCGACGCCGUUUGACAUAUAGAUGAUUAAAAUGCUCUUGUGAGACAUGUAGGGCUGUACCGAACAGUUCAAAGCUUCUUCAUAAUGUUGACAUUUAAAUUCUAAAUCGUAUGCUGUGCAGCAUUUUUUAUUAUGUCCAUUCAUUCUGUUCAAACCAGGUAUUUCUGAACAGUCGCAGAUAGGAAUAAGCUACACAAAUAUUAUAAGUCUUGUAGUAUAUGUAGGAUUAGACUCCUGUGGUAGCUGUGGAGGUUUGUGUCCAACUCAUGUGUCUCAAACAUUUCCAGAGAAAAAUGUUGAAAAAAAUCUAAAUGUUAAAAUUUCAUUAAAAAACUUAGAUUUGAUAUUUUCCAAAA